AGUAGUGUGACUGGUGUUAUUGUUUACCGUCUUUUUACUCGAAAGGGAGCAUUUUUGAAGACAGAAAAUUUAUUUCAUUAGUCUGAAAAUAUGGUGUGUGCACUCUACGAUUUUAGACACCUAUACCUAAUAAAGCUGUUAAACCUAGGAAGUGAACAUGGAUCAAAAAGAAGCUUUGAGCAGAAAUAGACUAAUGUUGGUCAACAAAUAACAAAAAAAAAUAUUCAAUUGAAAAACUUGCAUCAAUAAAUUGAAUCUUUACUGUAGUUUGGAAUCUCUCCUUUAAGAAAGCUAAAAAUUUGUUGACAUAUUUCCCCAAGAAAUAAAUAGAAAAAUGUUAUUGGUAUUUACUUUUACAAACACAAUUAUAAAUUGUUAAGACAAUGGAACAACAAGUGUCUAAGGAAAUUAUUUGUGCGUUCUGCAAUAAAACAGUUGAUAGUGUGAAUAGUUUAAAUGUGCACAUGUUAGAGCACGCAAAAGACUUAUUAGAUCAAAAUAAAGACAGAUCCAUUAAAUGUAUUUCAAGAACUAAAAGUGAUACAGAUAUCCCAAAACAACUCAAGAAGCUUGAAUUUCGAUGCUCCAUUUGCAAUAAGACAUUUGGUACAAACGGCGCUUUAAAAGUUCACCAGUACAAGCAUACUGGGCAGUAUCCGUUUGUUUGUAAUAUUUGUAAUUUAGGUUUUCCGAUCAAUUCAAAGUUCAAGGAACAUCUACAAAGGCAUAAAGGAGAACGCCCCCACAUGUGUGAAAUAUGUAAUAAAACAUUUAUCCAGAAAAAAUGUUUAAGAAUCCACUUAUUGACUCAUUCUGAUACAUUAAAACACAAGUGUCCAAUCUGUCAAAAAUCAUUCCGGCAUAAUGGAAGCUUUAAACGACACGUUAAAAACCAUGAUGAGAAGAAUGGACCAGCUGAAAAGUGUCCUGUCUGCAAUAAAGAAUUUGUGUUUAAAGGUUAUUUAAAGGUCCAUAUGAAGAUUCAUUCCGGUGAGCGCCCGUAUCAAUGUGAAGAAUGCGGAAAAACGUAUACAUUUGCUGAAUCCCUGAGAUGCCACAAGAAAACUCACAGUGUUGAAAAACCUUACCAGUGUACUCAAUGCGACAAAAAAUACAGAUUCCGCGGCCAACUGCACUAUCACCUUCGACAACACCGUGGAGAACGGCCCUUCAAAUGCAAUGUUUGUAAUAAAGCAUUCUCCCGAAAAGUAUUGUUGAGGGUUCACACAUUCAAUCAUACUGGGGAAAGACCUCAUAAGUGUUCUAUUUGCAACAAAGGUUUUACGAUAAAAGGUAGACUGGAUGUUCAUAUGAAGACUCACAGCAGAGUUAAGCCCUACCAAUGUGCUUUGUGUGACAAGAGUUUUACUGCUAAGCAAACCUUAAAGGCUCACCAAUUACGUCAUGUAAGUGAGCAACUAUUUAGAUGUGAUAUUUGUAACAAGUCCUUUUAUCAAAUUCAAUCAUUUAAGGAUCACAUCAAGACACACUUGGAAACCAAACCGCUCAAGUGUUAUAUCUGUAAUGAAGUUUUCAGCUUGAAGUUGCAUCAGAAGAACCAUCUGAAAACUCACCUAAUGUAUUCACAGUGUUCUGUUUGCAACUCCAUUUUCAAAGAUGAUCAGGACUUGAGUCAUCAUAUCUCGUGUCAUAGUGAGAAACCUGAAUUGAAUGGAUCAAGUAACAGUGAUCUUCCGAAACAAAUCUCUGGAACAAAUAAGUUUUUGAGUCACAGUGAAGAAUAUUAUACUGAACAACUUUUACAGUGCAAAUUAUGUCGGGAAUUUUUUGGAAGAGGAGCUCUGAAGAAACAUAUCUUGCUUCAUUCUAAAUCCUGGGCUCAAAAAGUAACUCCAAGCAAACUCUUUAGAUAUAAUGUAAAUACUCAGGUAGAAAAAAUAAGUGAAAAUCUUCACAUUUGUAAGAUCUGCUGCAACGUUUACAAAUCAAAGGAAAAUGCUGUUAUGCAUCUGUUGGUUCAUAAGUACAUUCACUCAGUCUUUAUUAAGAAACUUUUACGUCAAACUACAAGAGUCAGAGGUAAAUUUAAUAAAGUAAAUUCAAAGAAAUUACAUUUCCACUGCAUUUUUUGUAUCAGAUCGUUUAGGGAUAGUGAAUCAUUAACUGAUCAUAUAUUAACUCAUUCAGUGUAAAGACUUAAAUAUACGAGGGCUAUCCAGAAAGUAGAUUACGUUUUCGUCUGUAUCCGCUAGGGGCGGGGCUGACCAUCUUGGUGUUAGUUCGUUAUGCAGCUAAGUCGGCAUCUAGCCGUGCUAGUAAGAGGUUUCUGUUACUCCGUUGAGUUACUGUGACAGUUUGAAAUUUCUUUGUUAAUUAAAAAUUCCGCGAACUGUGAAGUGUGGGAAAAAAAAUGAAUGGACUCUUUGGUUACAGUUUGGUAACCAAAUUUUUCGGUUAUUAUUUCGUUCAACAAACUUCACGAAAUGUUUUGGAAAACCCAUAGAGAGUUCUGUUAUUGUGAACUUUUGAGUUUUCGGGACAUCGGCAUCGACUUUUUUGACAAGUUUGGCAGUCACAAUGACACAGUCUUCCACUUCGCUCUUCGUGGUGAACGUUAGUUCGGCCAUUUUUGAAUUUGGUGGCCAACUGAGGAACUCCACCUUCAGUAAUAAUGUUUUCCUUAAAACUUCACAAAGUUGCCGAUAGAUUUCUUUUGGUUUACGUUUUUUUGCAGUCAAAAACCUUAUAACUGCACGCACUUCACAGUUCGCGGCAUUUUCAACUAACACAGAAAUUUUCAACUGUCACAGUAACUCAACGGAAUACAGCAGAAACCUCUUACUAGUACGGCUAGAUGCUGACUGAGCUGCAUAACAAACUAACACCAAGAUGGACGCGCUAGCCCCGCCCCUAGCGGAUACCGACAAAAACGUAAUCUACUUUCUGGAUAGCCCUCGUACAAGGAGCGGAGCAAAAUUCUUCUCUGUGAAAUAUAGGCCUUGUCUAUUAAAAAAUGCUAGCGUGACAUAAAAGUUGUCCAAUAUAGUACUUUUUGGUUUGCGCCACUUGGCACACUAUUGUAACAUCUAUAGUAUAAUUAGACUGAACUAACAACAGCUUCAAAUUAACACAAUCACAUGUAAAUGAAGCCUUUCCUCGUUUCAUUUCCUAGCACAUAAUUUUUACUAGGCAAGGUACUUUGUUAGUAUGAUAAUAGACUGUCACUCUCAUCUAAAGCUGUUUUGAUUGGACACAUAUUUACUAAUUUUCCUUAGCAACUUAAACUAACCAGACUUAGCCUGUUCUAACACUGGACAAGAUGUUAUUGUUGUACAAUACUACUUUGUUUGUUUCAGUGUUUCCAUACUAUGCAGGAUUUUUAUCCUGAUUGAAACAUACAAUUACUGAGAUUGAAACAGGAUAUAAGAUAAAACGGAAUUUUUGGCCCUGACAUCUGGUUUUCUAAUUUAUAAACCUAUUCAUUUUUGGAAAAAAUAACCUUUAUCUAAUAGUCAUAAACAGUUCCCACACUCCGGACUGCUCGCCUUUACUACUUCCUUCACCACUUCCUAUGUCACGGACCUGUUUCCCUCCCUUUCCAUAGCAUUUUAGAAUUGCAGAUACCUUAAUCUAUUCGUCACAAACAGUUCCCACAGUCCGGACUGCUUGCCUUUACUACUUCCUUUACUUUCCUACGUCUCGGACCUGUUUCCCUCCCUUCCCAUAGCAUCAUAGGAUUGCAAAUACCUUAAUAUAAUGGUCUUAAACAGAUCCCACACCCCGAACAGCUCACCUUUACUACUUACUUCACCACUUCGGCACUUCCUACGUCGCGGAACUGUUUUCCCCCUUCCUAUAGAAUUUUAGGAAUGCAGAUACCUUAAUCUAAUCGUCAUAAACAGUUUCCACACUCCAGACUGCUUACCUUUACUACUUCCUUCACCACUUCCUACGUCACGGACCUCAAGCUAGUGUCGACAUUUGAUUAUAUUUAUGAUCUAUACCGUUUCAGUUCCAAUAUCUGUGGAAUAAUGCUAUCAGCUAUUUCUUUAUCUACUGCUUUCAAAAGUCAACAGCUGAUCAUAUGUCUUUGUUUAUGUGUCAAAUACUGCUUCCAUAAGGAUUACAUUGAAACUUUGAGACCCAGUGGGGCGGAUUCCUGAGAGACCUUUUAACGCCAUAUAGAUGUUGGCACUCACCGGUAUGGUCUUUAUCACCAUGCAAAAUUUAAAAACGAUUUAUUCAGCCGUCUAGGAGGAGUUUGCGUAUUACGAAGAAAUGCAUAAGAGUCGACGUAUAAGAUAAGGUUAACAUGGAAAACUCCAGAGCCACUGGGGCGGAGCCCUUUUGACGGAUCUGCACCAAACUUCACACAAACCAUCCUUGAAUAAUGCUUAAUAAUGCCUGAAAGUUUCAUUACAAUCUGUCGAGCGGUUUGGAGUCCACAACGUUCAAAUAUAUACAUAUAUACAAACUUCCUCUUUUAUAAAUAUAGCUUGAUUUUUGGAAAAACUGACCCAAAUUGGUUAAACUGUUGUUUCAAAAUAUAGUCACAAGUUUUAAACAUGUAUUUAAAUAUAAUAUGUCAGAUGGAUCACUCGUGAUUAAACAAGAAAAUUCUUGCCAGAUAAAAUGAACACUUAUGUUGCAACCUUCGAAGAAUUAGAAUUUAGAAUGGUACUCUACAGCCCUGAUGGAUACAUUGAAUGCUAUUUACAAUGAUUGUGAUUUAUUUACUAAAUUAUAACAUUUACUUUGUAAUUUUGAAACAUUUUCCUUCUUUAAAUAAAUUUUUAACUGUUUAAACUUGAAAUUAUUUCUAACAAGGGUCAUGUUCUGAGUUGUUCUCAAGGCUACAAUGUUCACUUAGCGACUUGUCAUGGGGACUUUUUUGGUCCCUAGAGGUGGCCACACUAGGCUAAAAUUUCAACAUUUCAGUUAACUUUUUAGCAUUAGGCCAGGCCUACCAGUAAAAAGAGUUUAGAGAUGUUAUAUUCUUUAAAAAAAUUUAUAACUGAUAACAGAAAUAAAAGCAUAAGACCCUUUUUUCAUGCUUUUGGAUUAGACAUCCAAUACAUACAAUGCUUUUAUUAUUAUUUGCAUUAUUAUUAUUAUACAAUUUAAGCGGAUCUUGUACAAAUUAAAUCAUACUAGUGGCUUGUAGGGAAAUAAGUACCUAAAAAGCUCAAAUGUAAAAUAAAUUAUUGUACUAUUUUAACAAACUCAAACAUUGGAAAUUGACUUCGUCAAAUAUGAAAAGGCAAAUAACGGUCCUUUUGAGCAUAAACUUGAGACCUUUAAUUUGAGCCCUCUCCCGUCAUUCUACGACGUCUAAGUCGCCCACAAUUUUGACGCAAAGAAUCGGCUUAUGUAAUAAAUAAAUAGAUAGGCCUAGUUAUAGUUACAGUAUUUGUAUACGUGCAGCAGCGCCUUCUUCAUAUUUUGUAGCCUACUUGGUCUCGUUAUAGUUUUUAACCACUAACCUGAAUUAAAAGAAUUUUCUAUCAAAGUAAUUGUUGUACGGUUUAUAUCUUGUUUCUAAAACCAAUUGGUGACGUCUUAUCACUCAAUCACAGUAUAAUGCUCUGUUGCUUUAUAGACUAUAUAAAAAUGAAGAGAGACCCCAGGUAUGGAGUGAAGUUUCUGAAACAUUGUUUUUAUAAAACCCCAACAACAUUGUUUAGGGAUGAUGUACUUGUACUUUAAAACUGUAAUUUUAUGUAGGCCUACUGUAGUAUUUUUGGAUGACAUAAUGACAUUGAAGACAACGCGCAAUGCUUAAAAAAAUCACGUUUCAGAUUCCUAUUGCACCAGAAGAGAAUAUACUCAAUCCUUAAAAGCUACUUCUCAUAUAUGCACGCUCAUUUCGUCAAUGAAAAUAUCUAUAUUUUAACUUUAUAUUUUCCAUUUUUACCACUGCCAGCUGAUCAAUAUACAGUACACAUGAAAACAGUGCAGUACUCGUCGCUUUUUGUGGCCACUGUCGUAAGAUAACAUGGUGAGCUUAUUUGUUGACACAGCUGCGACCAAAAGACGCUUCUGGAGACAUUUAGUUUUCUGUCGCCAAUGGUCGUUGCUUAGUGUGGCCAACUCCUUGUAAUUUAAUAUUACUUUUGUCCUUUGUCAUGGCGACCAAGUCGCCAGGUAUGGCUGUAGACUAAGAGUUAGAGUCAACUGCUGUAGUAAUGAUCUUUCAGCAAAUUUUUCUCCCUGCCAAAGAUGAAGUAGACAUAACUGAGAGCAUUCUAACACUCUAGAGCAUUCAAAUAUCAUAACUACUUCAUAAAGGUACGGUACUUACUCAUUGUUUGUAGAUAGUUAAGCCUACUCCAUUAAACUAAAAGUAAAUCCUCAAGAAAUUGAGACCUAACAAAAAGAAUAUUCUAAUUCUGCAGACUUUUUAUACGUUCAGAUACAAUUUUCACUUGACCAAUUUAUGAACAAAAUGAUGAGUUAAGUUUCAGCAUAUUACUACAUGUAUUGUUCGUAUUUUAGUUUUAAUUAUUUUUGUGUAACAGUGUUCAAGGUAUACCUAUGUAAUGUUACUCUUCUAGAUUACCUAUGCUAUGUCUUUCAAAUAUACAUUAUGAUAAUGUCCUUCUCUAGAUUAUAGUUAAAAAAAAAUAGCACGGCUUUAAAAACAAAAAUGGUGGGAAAACUGACAAUUUUACAAAAAGAAUUAUAUUUUUAAGGUAAAUUUACCUUGUAAUUUGGCAGCCCAAAAAUCUAAAACAUCCUUUAAGGAAAGUAGGUAGUUGAUCUGCUAAACGAAUUCCCAUUCGAAUGCUUAACACCUUUUGUUAUAGGGUGUGUGGUGAAAAGAAAAUUAAGGUAUCAAACAUAAAUUCAAAAUUGUAAUAAAACUGUGACAUAUCAUUACAUAGAAACAGUUUAUCCUUUUUAUUAUCAUAAGCUAUGGGAAACCCCCUGAGGCUCAAUCUAAAUUCCCAUUGCAAACAUAUGCUGGUAGUUGAUUGUAGCGUAGCCAAUAAUAUAUUUUGAGUAAAUAUUAUGUACCCUAAAAUAUUGUGACAAUAAAUGUAUAUUCUACUUACCGUA